UUUAUUUUGAAUUGGAAGAUCAUGAUUAUUUUGACUUUUGACCAUUAAUACUGCCAUUAUUUUUUAGAUUCAGAAACAUUUGAUUUACAGUUAGAUUUACACAUAGAGUUAUAUAAUAUAAAUUUGGAUUUACAGCAGGCACAACUGAAGCUAGAUAUACACCAUUUUUGGGAGGAGGACAAGGAGGAGAUGUAAGUUUAAAGCAAGACCAUUGUUAUCUUUGUCCGUCGUCAGUGUUUUUGCCAUGAACGGAGAACCGAAAGCCCUGGACGAGCAAAUUGAGGAGAGGGGGAUGAAAUUGGGAGAAACAGCCCUUCGCAAAUUUCACAUUGCAAAAUUCUUUCGCGAAAAUACAGACCGAAUCAAUUCCCUGUGUUUCUCUCCCAGUGGAGAUUUGCUCAUCAGUUCUGCAGAGGACGACCAAAUUGUUAUUUAUGACAGUGAAAAGGGAACAAUAAGGCGGUCGCUGAACUCAAAGAAAUACGGUGUGGAUUUGAUUCGUUUCACACACACAAAGAACACUGCGGUCCACUCAUCUACCAAGAUUGACGACACGAUUCGUUACUUGUCUCUCCAUGAUAAUAAAUAUCUUCGCUAUUUUCCUGGUCACACGAAAAAAGUGACGUCCCUCUCCAUGUCGCCUACGGAUGAUACCGUCCUUUCGGCCUCACAGGAUAAAACAAUCCGACUUUGGGACCUACGGUCGCCCAAUUGCCAAGGCUUUAUUCAACUCCAGGGUAAACCAGUGACCGUUUUUGACCCGGAUGGACUGAUUUUUGCGGCAGGAAUUAACAAUGAGUGUGUCAAGUUGUAUGAUUUACGAUCAUUUGAUAAGGCUCCAUUUUCCAGCUUUAAAUUACCCUGUGAAAAAGAUAGUGAAUGGUCCUCAGUCAAAUUCUCGCCGGAUGGGAGGACAAUAUUGAUUACAAGUUUUGGGUCCACAAUCAGACUUGUUGAUGCAUUUAGUGGCACAUUGCUACAAACUUUUGAUGGUUUUACAAACAAUAAGAAUCUCCACCUCGAGGCAUCUUUCUCUCCCGAUUCACAAUUCAUAUUUUCUGGAAGUACGGAUGGGUUUAUUCAUAUAUGGAAUGCAGACAGUGGACAAAAGGUAUGUGAGCUUAAAGGAGAUCAUCACACAAGUCCAAUUCAGUGUGUCCAGUUCAGUCCUAAAUCUAUGAUGAUGGUAUCAGCAUGCACAAGCAUGGCAUUUUGGCUCCCAAUGAUGGACGAAUGAUACUCUUAACGAAGACGAAUUAAGGGCCUGGGGGAAGUUGCUUAGAAAUCACGUCAACUUUGACGAUAAAAUUCAGCAAUGCACAAGAGGGCAGAUUUUUUAAAUUAUGUUUAAUGCGUUAAUCAUAUCUUUAGAUUUUACUUGAGUUUUUUUUGACGAUCUGCCCUCUUGUGCAGUGGAGAUAUUUGGUCGUAAAGUUAAUCAUCAACACAUCAAACGUGAUGACCACCUUGCUCUUGUUCAUGACAAAUUAUAUUAUAUUUUUGUUUACUAUGUCUAGUUAAACCUUGUCUAAUUGUUGACUAUAAUACCAAUGUUCAUAACUUAAUUGUUUUUUCGUAUAUUUUAUCCUGCAUUUUAGCAUAAGAGACAUUUAUACCAAGAUAUACUAACAAAUGGUUCAUCAAUUGUUCCUAUUUACAUCCAUAUUUAAUAGAUUUGUAUUAUAUUGAUUGUCGUCAUACAGCUGCCUUGUUGUAUGAUAUCUGAUGUCAUAACAGUAAUAAAAUAGCUUUUUGUAAUAACAACUGAAUAUUGCUGUCGAGUCGACUGAAUUUUAUAAACCAAAUAUGUAUACAUA